GCAGACCAGCAGGAUCAUGGGCGAGGAUCCGGCUUCUGUGCAGGCGCGCCUCGACCGGAUUCGGCAGGGCUUCACCUACCCGCGCGCGGUGUCCAGGGAUGACGCCCGCUCGCGAUUGGAGGACCGGCGCAACCUGGACCUGCCCGCGAGCGAGGAGAUGGUGGACCUCUUCAUCGCCCUGUCCAGCGCGGGCCCUGCCACGAGAGUGACUCCGAAAAUGAUGAAGCGAAUGAAGGAGCGGAUCGUGCUGACGGUCGCCGUGGAGACGAACUACUGGUUGGUCCCGAAGGGGAACCUGAGCGCUUCAGAUCUCGCGAGCGUCGGGCCGUGCGUUGUUGCCCCCGCUUCCAUUCCGGCGCAGUUCUCGAACAUGGCCCAGGGCCACCACGUGAUCGACCAGGUCGUCCCUCGCGAGCGCCUUGGCAGAUUCGCAUUGCGACAGAUUCGCAUUGCGACAGCUUUGGAGAGGCAGGUUGCGACGAAUCCUGGGGCGGCGGCGCUGCCGGACGCUCGCCCGCCGAGCGCAGGCGGAGCGCCUCCGCAGGCGGUCGCGGCGACCGGGGGGGCGGCGGCGGCAGCGGCGGCGACAGCGGCGGCGCCGCCCGCGGACGCGGCCCCCGCAGGGGCACCUCCGGCGGCGGCGCCCAGCAGCGCGGCGGGGGCGGCCCCGGCAGCAUCGGAGGCGCCUAGCGGCGCGGGGGCCGGCCGCCCGAAGGCCGCGCGCGCCGUCAGCCGUCAGCCGUCCGCGGCGUCGGAGCCCAGCGAGGACGAGGGCAGGGUUGCCGCGACGGCGAAAAGCCGGGCUGUCGCCGCAGUGGAGGCGGGGAAGUAUUGGUCUCCAAACAAAGGCUCCUCGGACAACGCGGAGUUCUGGGUUCGCACCGCAACGGAGCACUUGCUCGCGGGCGACAGGCUUGCGACGAGCAUCCCGGAGCCUUUCGCGCAGUUCUUCAAGGACGUGACGGUUGCCUUGAUGAAGAAACGGCGCUUGGGCACCCUGCGGGAGUUCACGGGCCACUCCGAGCGCGUCCACGCGAGGUACCCAGACUUCUUGCCGCCCUUCGCGAGGGGCCCCAUGAAGCUCAGCCAGUGGCAGUCCGACCCGUCCAUGCCGCAAGAUGAGGCGGUGCCGUUCACGUACGCGGAUAGGUUCUACUCGUGCGAGCUGUACCUGGAGUUCGUGGAGUCGAGCUUCCGCGCGAAGCUCGACGGCCUCCGGGCGCAGACCGAGUUGGACGACCCGCAGCGUUACGACGCCGCGCGGGCGCUUUGCGCUGAGGCGCCGACGGCAGAGAGCAAGGCCGAGCUGGAAGCGGCAAUGACGAUCUUCGGCAGGGCCGCGGACACGGAGAAGGUCGCGCACUUGCUUGCCGAUGACCACCUCAAAGUCCUGCAGGCGUGGUCCCCCGGAGACGCCCGGUUGGCGCUGGAGCCUCUCGCGAAGGACACGGGGCUUCUGAAUGGGACGCCCUCCCAGGAGGUCGCAAGAGCGCUGGUCGCGCUGCCCCGCCACGUAUCCGCGGUGGCUGCAGUGCGGGACCCGGUCGUGAAGGGCGUGCUGGAGGAGUACGCGCAGGUGACCACCCGGGGGCAGGUCGAGGACGGCUUCGUGGAGCUCGCGCAGGCCGUGGCCAUGGAGGUUCUGACGUGGAAGUGCGGCCUGACGGGCACGCAAACGGAGUUCGACGCUUUCGAGGUGGGCACCGACCUGCUGUCCGUCGGCAAG